AACACACCAGAUUGUGGAAAAGAGCCGGAAUACCCCUCUUUGCAACGAACGAAGCAGUUGGGAGGGGACUUUCCUUUGCACGCCGCUGUGCAGCGCACGACGGAAGCAGUACAUGCUCUUUACCCGCAGGGGGCAGCAGCACGGGCCAACUAUUAGCCGAGGCUAUCAAAGCCUUGCACAGAAAUCAGCGCUCUCUCCAAGGAAACAAAACAAUAUAGAAUCUGGUUUACGGCGUGCCUCAAGCCCGGAGCCUCUCUCCAUACGACAACGCGCUUUCCCGUGGAAUGAGCAUUCCAUGCAGCAUCCUAGGUAUGAAUGACGUGGCCUGGCAGGAGACAAGAGGUGGGAUGCUGCAUGCAAAUGGCGCUCCUGAGGCCGGAGGGGUCAGGGUCCACGGUGGAGGGCCCCUAGCCGCGGUGGCGGGCCAGGCUACAGGGGGCCCCCAUUUACAGGGCAUGGAUCGGACGGGCAACCCCACGCCGGGAACACCGCAGCCGCCGUUGAGCGGUCGUUCGCAGGACGACGCUACGGUCGGCUACUUCUUCCAGAGGCAGGCCGGGGAGCAGCUGGCAGGUUGCGCGCCGGGCAAGCAUCGCUGGCCCACCGGGGACCCCAAUCACGUUGAUCAGGUCCGCGCUGUGGAUGAAAUGAACUAUGACUUUCAAGCUCUGGCUUUGGAGUCCAGAGGAAUGGGAGAGAUUUUGCCGGCGAAAAAGCUCUGGGACUCUGAUGAACUGGCCAAGGAUGGAAGAAAAGGAAUGCUUCUUGGAGAGGAGUGGAGGGACAAUGCCUGGGGGUCAUCACACCAUUCAGUCUCCCAGCCAAUUAUGGUCCAGCGACGGCCGGGUCAGGGUUUCCACGGCAACGGCGACGCCAACUCGGUGCUCUCUCCCCGCUCGGAGGGCGGAGGCUUGGGUGUGAGCAUGGUGGAGUACGUGCUGAGCUCGUCUCCCGGCGACAAGAUGGACGGCCGUUACAGGAACGGCGGCUACGGUGGAGGCGAUACCGACCAGGACGGGAGAGAGAAGAAUGAUGGCCCCGAGAAAGUCUCUCCGUUUGAGGAAGACAAGAGCCCUGAGAUGAAGGUGGGAGACGACGGCGAUUCCGCGAAAGCCAAUGGAAGAAGUUUACUGAACGGCAUGGACAGAGACUGCAAAGACUUCAAUCCAACUCCAGGAAGCCGUCAAGCUUCUCCAACUGAAGCCGUGGAGAGGAUGGGCCCGAACCAGACUGGAUUGGAGAUGAUGACCCAACAUCACGUCCACGCUCACGCCCAUGCUCAUGCUCACGCUCAUGCCCACGCGCACGCUCACGCUCAUCCCCACGCCCACGUCCACGCUCUCCAACAACAGAACCACAACAAGGGCCCAGUGGAGGACUUUCAGAACCAGGAAGGCCAGAACAUGGGUGGCAUGGAACAACAAGCCGGUGUCGAAUCCCUCCAGUUUGAAUAUGCAGGGAACCAGAUUCAAGUGGACUCCUCCGGAACCCCAGUGGGGUUGUUUGACUACAGCUCGCAGCAGCAGUUAUUCCAGCGGUCAAAUCCCCUCACGGUCCAGCAACUCACAGCAGCCCAGCAGCAACAAUAUGCCCUGGCAGCGGCUCAACAGCAGCACCUUGCUGGCCUCGCUCCCGCGUUUGUGCCAAACCCUUACAUCAUCAACGCCGCACCCCCUGGAGCUGAUCCAUACACGGCAGCAGGGCUGGCGGCAGCAGCGACUCUUGCAGGGCCCACGGUGGUUCCACCGCAAUAUUAUGGCGUUCCUUGGGGCGUGUACCCGGCCAACCUUUUUCAGCAACAGGCCGCAUCUACUGCCAAUCACUCUGCGAAUCAGCAAGCAUCCAAUCAGGGACCAGGGCCGGGCCAACCUCAGGUAAUGCGCACGGGAAACAACCAGCGUCCUCUCACGCCCGGUCAAGGUCAACCAAGUCAGCAGGAGUCUCUGGCUGCAGCAGCUGCCGCCGCAAACCCCGCACUGGCGUACGCCGGAAUGCCCGGUUAUCAGGUGUUGGCCCCAGCAGCUUACUACGACCAGACCGGCGCACUGGUGAUGGGCCCAAGUGCUCGAACCGGCCUCGGCGGGCCAGUUCGUUUAGUCCAAACGCCUCUCCUCAUCAAUCCCGCAGCAGCCCAGGCUGCAGCUGCGGUGUCCGCGUCCGGUUCCGGUAACAACAUGCCAGGCCCUCCGGCCAACGGCAUGUACCGCUCCAUGCCUCAACCCCAACCUCAGCCGCAGCAGCAGCAGGCUCCCCCGCAGAGCAGCGGCCUGCAGUCCAGUUCCUUCUACGGCUCCGGCUCUGUCCCCAACACCUCUCAGAGCAGCUCGCUUUUCUCGCACACAUCAGCUCCGCCGCCGCCGCAGAGCUCCUCGUUGGGCUUCAGCAGCACCGGCAGCUCGCUCGGCGUGGGUCUGGCGUCUGCCCUCGGAGGAUUCGGCUCGUCGGUGUCGAGCUCAACGAGUAGCAGCGUGUCUCGCAGGGACUCCCUGUUGACGAGCUCGGAUCUUUACAAGCGCGGAAGCAGCAGUUUAACUCCCAUCGGCCAGCCCUUUUACAACAGCCUGGGUUACUCCUCCUCACCCAGCCCCAUCGGACUCACCCCCGGCCACUCGCCUCUCACUCCCCCGCCUUCUCUGCCCUCCUCUCACGGGUCCUCCUCCAGCCUUCACCUCGGUGGCUUGACAAACGGCAGCGGGCGUUACAUCUCCGCAGCACCCGGAGCCGAGGCCAAGUACCGCAGCGCCGGCGGCACCUCGAGCCUAUUUAAUUCCAGCAGCCAGCUCUUCCCACCGUCUCGGCCCCGCUACAGCCGCUCGGACGUGAUGCCGUCCGGCCGCAGCCGCCUCCUGGAAGACUUUAGGAACAACCGCUUUCCAAACCUUCAACUCCGAGACCUGCCUGGACACAUGGUGGAGUUCUCGCAAGACCAGCACGGAUCCAGAUUCAUCCAGCAGAAACUGGAGAGGGCCAGUCCCGCCGAGAGACAGAUGGUUUUCGGAGAGAUCCUACAAGCCGCAUACCAGCUGAUGACAGAUGUGUUCGGCAACUAUGUCAUCCAGAAAUUCUUUGAGUUUGGAAGCGCAGACCAGAAGCUGGCGUUGGCAACUCGGAUCCGCGGCCAUGUCCUCCCGCUGGCUUUACAGAUGUACGGCUGCAGGGUCAUUCAGAAAGCCUUAGAGUCCAUUUCUUCAGACCAGCAGGUAAUUAGUGACAUCGUUCGUGAGCUGGAUGGCCAUGUUUUAAAGUGCGUCAAGGACCAGAAUGGUAACCAUGUGGUGCAAAAGUGCAUCGAGUGUGUCCAGCCGCAAGCUCUGCAGUUCAUUAUAGACGCCUUCCAAGGCCAGGUGUUUGUCCUCUCCACGCACCCUUACGGCUGUCGAGUCAUCCAAAGGAUUUUGGAGCACUGCACCCAGGAGCAGACUUUGCCAAUACUGGAAGAGUUGCAUCAGCACUCUGAGCAACUGGGUCAGAAAUAUCAAGGCGUAUCAUUGGAGAUGACACCCAAAACAUAUUAUACAGUGUCCCGUGAUGCACUGUUCAAGGAUCAGUAUGGUAACUACGUCAUUCAGCAUGUUUUGGAGCACGGCAGGCCGGAAGACAAGAGCAAGAUCGUUGCGGAAGUGCGUGGGAAAGUCCUUCUACUGAGCCAACAUAAAUUUGCGAGCAACGUUGUGGAAAAGUGCGUGAUCCACUCCUCGCGUGCCGAGAGAGCUCUGCUGAUCGACGAGGUGUGCUGCCAGAAGGACGGCCCCCACAGCGCCCUGUACACCAUGAUGAAGGACCAGUACGCCAACUACGUGGUCCAAAGAAUGAUCGACAUGGCCGAACCCGCUCAGCGGAAAAUCAUCAUGCACAAGAUCCGGCCUCACAUCGCCACCUUGCGCAAGUACACUUACGGAAAACACAUUUUGGCCAAACUGGAAAAGUAUUACAUGAAGAGUGGCUCCGAGUUGGGUCCAAUCGGCGGCCCCACAAACGGCCUCAUGUAGUCAAAGACGACAUUAUCGACCCCCCCCCCCCCAAGCAUAUUAAGAUCUCCUUUUUUUGAGGGGGGGGGGGUAAAAAAAGUCAAUUUCACCCUAAACAGCUGUGACAACUGACACCUGCUAUUGUGCUGCCACAGGUGAGGUACCAUUUGACCCCUCCACCCCGCCCGCCAUGACCGGCAUAAGUGAGCUAGCUUUAUUUGUUGGGUAAAGCACAGGGCCAUUAAUUAUGUAACUGAUGUAUUUGACUGGUUUUCAUAUUGUACAUUUGUUUUUUUACCAUGUAAAUUCUUUGUAGAGGAAAAAAAAAAACCAACACACAUUUGCCGAAACUUCUUACAAUUCACAACCAGCAAGUGACCUACUAAAAGCUAAAACCGAGUGACAAAAUUCCCUUUUGCUUUUCAAGCCGACUUGUGUAAGUCCGGGAAAUUGCAUAUUUACGUUUGACCACGUGUCAAAGUCGAAACAAUAGUAACCCCCACCCCCCCCAAUGCCAAAGCUGCUGAUUCCAAACAGCCUAGUUGCCACGGGCCUUUUGACAAAGUCCUUUUGUGCUUGCUCGAAAUUAGUCGGGCUGACGUUAGAGAACAAAUCAACGUUAGUGGUUUUAUAUUUAAAUGGGGCCUUCCCCCUGUGACCUCCCUUGAGCGAUUGAAUCGGUCAGCAGCUGGAAGUCUGCUUUUUUGCGGGGGAGACUUCCUGAGCCCAAACUUGCAUUUGUCACAUGAUGUAACAGGUACUAACAAGAGAAGGUAUUAAAUGAGAGAGGGGUUUUGGUUUUGAAACGAAACUUAUCAGAGCGACGAUUAUUUAAUAUCGUACCGUUGUCAGGUUGAAUUUUCGUUUGAGCUCCCCUCUUGAUCCUUUUUAGUGUCUUGGAGUAGAAAAUGAACACUGCGCUGAGCUAACUUAUGUACUAAAUAAUCAUCUCUAGCUU